AUGACUUCAGAAGAUGAGUCCUCGUGGCGACUUCUCUUCGGCAUCGCUCUGAGUCAUGGUGAGCUACUCAGAGCAGGGCGACUCUCUUAUGACGGCUGGAUGGUAUUUCUGAGCUCUGCGCAGCUCAUUGGCACCGCAGUUGGGGUCUUCCGUGUACUGCUGGACCAGCUUUGGGGGCAGCAGUGCUUGAGGGAAGAUGCGCAGCAGGCAAAUGCCGACGAGCACGAGCCAGGCGCCGCUUCUGUCUCGUCACGGGCCUUCUCACUCGGCAUUGGGUCACUGUGUACAUCUUUGACGCCCCAAAGUUCGCAUCGCUCCGGGCGGGCCUCCGCAGCACUGUCGAUCUCAUCGCCGCAACUGUCGAGCGCGGCGCAUGAAGGUGAAUCUGUUGGAUUCAGCAGUUUUGUGGAUAUGAUGAAGGUGAUCUGCGUGCGUAUCUUCCAAACCCAGCGCUACACGCGCCUGCGCGAGGGACAUGGGAAAUGCGAUGAAGGUGGGCGGGAGUCUGCUCUUCUUGCACUGCGUCAAAGCGCUGAGGAUCACGUUCUACUGACAGAGUCUGUGAAGUACACCGCUGAUGCCUUUCUGCGGCCUUUCAUCUCGCAGUGCGUCAUUCACGCAUCCUCGCAGGUGCGGCUUUGCCCGGCGAAAAACGGAUGGGCGCCGCAUGUGAACCGACUAGUCACACACAUCGUUGGGGCGCUACUCCACACCGCAAUUCUUCCGCUUUUCCGCAAGUACGCGGUGACUGGCCGCCUGUCAGAGGCUGGCUAUCGCGCCUUCCUCAGAGACACUCUUCCCCGACUGGAUGCAGUCAAAGAGACUUGUGCGGUCGCCAUCUUCCGUCACGGUGGUUUCCCAGACAUCCGCCCCCUUGUGGCUAGCCUGGAGCCGCUAGCAGCCUCUCUUUCUCCAGAGCUUGACACGGUUGUCUCCGAACCGACCCUCGGCUUCACAGAUUUUAUCGAAGCAAUGCUGAUGCUGGCAGUGGUGGUAUACGCGGACGAGGUGCACUACCCCACUCAACGACCCAUUACUGCCAAGGUGUGGUCUUUCUUUGAGGAACAUGUUUGUGGCCACAUGCUCUACGCUGCUGCCAUGUGCCCUGACCCGUACAUCACCGGUCGCUACGUAACGGUUCCACCUGGCCUCAUCUCCGUCUACCCAGCGGUAGCGCCACUCCAGCAGUGCCCCUGUCUGUUUGUGGAAGUAAUAAAUGUUCAAGGGAACAGCGUAGUGGAGGACACAGUGCCACUAUCUACAGGGCAAGCAUACAGCGAAGACUCGCAAUCAGCGAUGUUUCUGACGGAGAUGACAGCAGCCGCCAAAGCAGAGCUGCCGCUAUGCUCUCCUGGGGAAUGCGGUGCCAACUCUGAUGUUGCCGUGUUGGCUGCAUCAACGUUUUUCAUGACCGAGUGGAGUUUGCUGGAACGGAAUCAGCGUGUGCCUCUCUUUGGCUGUAGUCAAGUGCCUGUGAGCCACGCAAUCAUGAUCUGCGGUGCUGCCGCAGAAGCCACUCCGACGAGUUGCCCCGAAAUUCUACGAGUUCCACUUCCCGACUCGCUGCAGCAGCCGAUGCUGUAUCGGUGCGCGGUGGAGGCGGUCGCCGCCACAGCAUCCAGUGGAACUGAUGAUGACGGGACCGUGUCCAUUCUGUUCACACCCUUCCGCUCUCUUACAGUUGAGAUGGCUGUCUCUGAUGACAGUAUGGCGACCAGGGGCGAGGGUAGCGAAUCGGCGGCGCAAAGCCGUCCUUGGGGCUGCGCAGACGUUGUCGUGACAGACAUACCCCUUGUGCAAGUCGUGCCGUCUCAUCUGGUCGCACAACUCCACAACCUCUUCUUAUCCCAGACUCUGGCACCUAGCAGCGAUGGGCCAGCCGCAUCUGCACCACCUUGCAUAUCGCUUUCCGCGGUGUGCGAGCUGUGCCGGCAGCUGCAGUGGUGCGCCGCCUCUGCCAGGCAGCAGCACGACUUACCGUCCCUAUGCGCGCAGGCAUGGGCAAGCUAUUGCGACUUUCAGCGCCUUCUUCGCGCUGCGGUGACCCGACACGGGAGUUCUUCCGCCGCUGGAAGAGCGCCGUCGAUGUAUGCGGGCGCGAUGUCGUCGUUCACAGGGCAGGCUGUCUUGCUCAGCUUCACAGACUUCGCCGGCUGUUUAGCAACAAUGCUGUUUCAAAUGCAAGGCGGGAGGCUGAGUGACGUGCCUGAUGUACCGCGCCGUCUAGAGCUUGCACUGUCCUCCGGAUCAUCUACUUUUACCUUGGGAAUAGGGACCUCUUCGUUUGUUGCGGACGCAGGACUACGAGCGCCACACAUCCGCAGCAUUCCAUAUAACGCCUUCCGAGAUGUGCCCUUUUUCAUGGCGCUUGAGCGCAAGAAGAAGCGGUCGGAGGCAGCACAGGAGCGUUGCACUGCUCUGAUUGCGUCCUUGCGGGAGUACCACGCGCUGCAGAUUCUCUCCUCUGUCACGCUGCCGCCUCUCCCGGAAGACCGGCCGAGCGCAAUGCGCUUGGUGUCUCAGUACGGCACGGUGAGUCCGACGGAAGUCUUUCAUGCCGUCAUGCGCGAGGGAGCGGAGGUUGUAAAGGCUCAUUUCGUGCAGCAGGAGUUGGCGAUUCCCGAAAUGACGGAGUGA